CAUGUUUUACACACACAGCUGAGAGAAAAGGGAGCCAGUCAGAGAAAAAGACGACCUCAACCCUUCCACAGCAGCAUUGGCAACCGCCGUCUCUUUGUUCUAUACUGGCUUUGACAACAAAAACGUGAUAUUUGAGCAUUUUAUUCCUCAAUGCCAUCGCGAAAAUUCACAGAGAUGGACUCGCACGGGACUGAAUAUAUGGAAAAUUGCGGGUCUUCUGUGAAGAGGAGGAGACAUGAUAGUGAGCAGUCUGUCUGUAGUGGAACCAGCAGCUGCUCCCCCGGCCUGGAGUACACUGACCUGGAGGCGGCUGAAGCUCUGGUGUGUAUGAGCUCUUGGGGCCAGGCUCUCUUCCUCAGCAGCAACAAGCCGAACCCCAAACCCAGACCUCUCACCCCGGCCUCCGACUCCUGUGACUCCUUGCCGUCUGAACUCCCAGAGCCCCCAAAGGACUUUGUGUCCCUCUCUUCUCUGUGUAUGACCCCGCCUCACAGUCCCAGCUUUGUCGAGAGCCAAUCAAGCGUUACGGCCCAGUUGAGCUCUAACCUGACCGCGUCCACACAACGCUGUGGGUCCGGGCUACACCAACCUGUCCUGGCACCUAUUGCUGAAAAGACAACCGCCUUGCCACCUGCGCCGCAGCCCUGCAGAGCCAUGGCGACCAGCGUCAUCCGCCACACCGCAGACAGAAACCUCUGCCAGCAACACAUUCCAAUGGCCCCCAACCCUGAGAAAACUAGAGACACAGUAACGGCCACAAUGGCCUGCCCGCAGCAACGGCAGCAGCAAUGCAUUACAAACACUGAGCAAAUAACCACACCUCCAUCCCCUCCCGCUACUCUCCUACCCCCAAAAACAGAGCAGCCAGCCCCUAGUCCCUCAAACCCUUGCUUGGACAGUGUCUCCACCCCCACUCUUGUCAACAUCCAACCACAAAACAGCCCACCCACUCCGCCUGUUCCCACAACCCUGUCCCCUCCUCCGGUCACCAGCCCUCAAAUCAUCUGCCAGAUGUUCCCUGUCAGCAGCCAAUCAGGUAUAAUCUCAGCGUUCAUCCCCAGUGCGGUUCAGACAUCCGGUGCUGGAAUUCGGACUGCUACCGCACCCAUCCUCCCCCAGCCCACCUCGGCCAACGGCACCCCUGUCCAGCAGUCCCUAAUUGUGGGUUCUGCGGUACCACAGGGCACGGUGAUGCUGGUUCUCCCUCAGACCUCAGUCUCUCAGGCCCCCCACUGUCCUCAGACUGUCAUGACCCUGGGCAACACCAAGCUGCUACCUCUGGCCCCAGCCCCCGUGUACGUGCCAGCCGGACCCAGCGGCAGCACAGCGACCACAAAGAUGGACUUUUCUCGCAGGAGAAAUUACGUCUGCAACUUCCCAGGCUGCAGGAAGACGUACUUCAAGAGCUCGCACCUCAAGGCUCAUCUCCGAACACACACAGGCGAGAAGCCCUUCAGCUGCAGCUGGGAGGGAUGUGAUAAGAGGUUCGCCCGAUCCGACGAGCUCUCCCGUCACCGCCGCACGCACACCGGGGAGAAGAAGUUUGUGUGUCCUGUGUGCGACCGGCGGUUCAUGCGCAGCGAUCACCUAACCAAACACGCCCGCCGCCACAUGACCACAAAGAAGAUCCCAUCAUGGCAAGCGGAAGUUCGGAGUCUGAACAAAAUGGCGACUGGCAAAGCACCUCCCUCAAAGCCUGGCAUUGCCACAUUAAGCGUGUUGGUACCUGCUGGCUCAAAGUAGACGAUGAACAGCUCUACUCACUCCAGACGUACCAGAGGGACGCAGGGAGCAGCCAAGCACACAUGGUUGCUGCUCUUUUACUCAUGGGAAUGAAUGAAAUAAAACAUGCACUGGACUCUUUUCCUGCUCUACUGCUCAUUUGUACAUGUAUUUUCUCUAAAAGAUUCUUUGUUUACUUUGAUAUAAUUGAUAUGUAUGCACUCUUGCCAAAGCCUUUGUAUGAAGUUCGUCUUAUACAUUUCACCUUCUGCACCUCUCCUCCGACACCUCUUUGUCUGUGUUGAUACUGAUAUAUGUGUCUACGUGAAUGUAUUGUUUCCUGUAUUAUAAAAUGCAUUUAUUUGUCACAUUUGGGAAAAAGUUGACACGAAAAAGUGAUGUAAAUACAAAUAUUAAUCAUCAGUACUAUGAUUAUACCUUGAUUAUAUCUCCCUGUCUAACUUUUCAUAUUAUUUAAUACAUAUUUGUAAUAAAAAAAAGAUCAAAUGA